UCCUUUUCCAAGAAAAACAAAACAUGUGGUGGCACGCACGGAAGGUUACACUGCAUUCUGGGUAAUUGAUUUCCUUCACGCGUGUCUACCAUACCACGCGGUCUUGUUGGCAAGGGUCCAAAUAAGACGAUUCUGACACGAUGGCGAGCUCUGAAGAACUUAAACUUGGUAAAGUUGUCAUAGAGGGAAAGACAAAAGUAGUUUAUGAGCUGCCUGAAUAUACCACUAAGAGUUGUGUACUGUUGCAGUCCAAGGACAAGAUCUCUUGUGGGGAUGGAGCUCGUAUGGAUAAAAUGGAAGGCAAGGCUGCUUUGAGUACUUCAACCACAAGUGCCAUCUUUGAGUACCUCAAUGCAGUUGGUGUUAAAACACAUUUCAUAAAACGCCACACUGAUACAUCAUUUAUAAGCAAGCAUUGUGAGAUGAUACCACUUGAGGUUGUUUGCAGAAGAAUUGCUACUGGCUCAUUUCUAAAAAGAAAUCCUGGUGUAAAAGAGGGAUUUAGGUUUUCACCUCCUCUUCUCGAGACCUUCUUCAAAGAUGAUGCAAAUCAUGAUCCACAAUGGUCCAGAGAGCAGUGCCUUGAAGCUAGUUUGACACACGGAGGAGUAACAAUUGGAAGACAUGAACUUGACCAUAUGGGUGACAGUGCCAAAGCAAUUUUUGAGAUACUUGAAAAGGCUUGGAAUAGCAGAAAUUGUGCCCUCGUUGAUAUGAAAAUUGAAUUUGGUGUCGAUGUUGAAACAAAGGAAAUAAUUGUUGCUGAUGUCAUUGAUAAUGAUUCUUGGCGACUGUGGCAGGCAGGAGACAAAAGGCUCAUGAGGGACAAGCAGGUGUACCGCAACUUAAAAGAGGUUACAACAGAGGCAAUGGCAGAAAUAAAGAAGAACUACCAAUGGGUAAGCGACCAAGCCCAACAGUUGAUUACUAGGCCAUUUGCAAGAGUUGUGAUCAUGAUGGGGUCAGCAAGUGAUUUAGAACAUGGGAAGAAGAUUGAGAAGCACUUACAGUGUUUUGGCAUACCUGCAGAGAUCCGUGUCAGUUCAGCUCAUAAAGGUACAGAAGAGACUCUCAGGAUCUUGAGGUGGUAUGAAGGUCAUCAAAUCCCAACAGUCUUUAUAGCAAUUGCAGGUCGAAGCAAUGGCCUAGGCCCUGUCCUUUCUGGUAAUACUGCCUACCCUGUCAUCAAUUGUCCACCAAUCAAAGCAGACUGGGGAGCACAUGAUGUAUGGUCAUCCUUACGUCUCCCUUCUGGUCUUGGAUGCACAACCAUUUUGGAUACAGAAGGAGCUGCUCUUGCUGCUGCACAGAUUCUUGGCAUGGAAAACCACAUGAUUUGGUGUAGGAUGAGAGCCAAGCGUUUGAAUAAUGCUUUGAAACUGAUGGAAGCUGACAGCAAACUGCUUUUCGAAAGCCAAUAAAGGGAUAAAACUAUAGUUGGUAAAAAAUGAUUACACGCACUUUUCUAAUUUCAGUUCUAAUUGUCUUUUUUUUUUAUUUAUAUGUAGAGUUUUGUAAUGAGCUAUGAAUUAAUAAUGAAAAUGUCCAGCUUCAAAUGUG